AUGGUAGACGUCGACAUUGACCCGCACCGACCUCGUCGCGUUAUCGCGGUCGCCAUCUUUUGCCUCUGCCUCACGUGGGUUGCAGUGCCGCUGCGCAUCUACUCGAGGCUCUUCCUGACACGGGUCUUCACUCUCGAUGACAAGCUCAUAUGCUUGGUCCAGAUUACAUUCACCGCGUAUCUUCUUACGGAUAUCGCAGCAGUCUUCCAUGGGUCUGGACAUGAUGCUGUAGAGUUUUCGCCAGAGGACAGAAGGAUAGCUCUUCAGCUUUUCUUCGCCGGCGAACUCCUUUAUCUGAUAACUACUCUGCUCCUGAAAGUCUGCGUUGGCCUACUGUUGCUCAGCAUUGCCAUUGUACCUUUACACAUUUGGACACUUCGAAUACUCCUCUGUUCGACAUUCGUGUUCGGGUCCCUGUACUUCGUCCUUGUCAUCUUCCAGUGCAGACCGCUUCACGUAUUCUGGGACGUGGGCCCUCGGACACCAGGCAGCUGCUUCUCAGAUAGCGUGGUGCUUGGCUGCACAUACACCCUCGCGAUUCUGAACUGUCUCGCGGACUGGACCUUUGGCAUUCUGCCGUUGUUGAUUGUCUGGUCCCUGCAGAUGCGCCUAAAGACGAAGCUACUAGUCAUUCUCCUGCUAGGCUUCGCAUCCAUAGCGAGCAUUGCGACCAUAGUGCGCGCAGUAGCUGUUCCAGCAUUGCUCAACCAGGAAAACUUUCUGCCAUAUCUCGCCAUCUGGAGCAACAUCGAGCCCGGUAUUGGCAUAGCUGCAGCCUGUGCACCGGCUCUGUCCCCGCUGGUUCGACACCUUCUCGGGAAAAGGCAACGGCGGGGAUACGAAAGGGGCAUCUGGCGAACACGGGACCUUCCAACAAUCACAAACGACUCAAUGGCGCUAUCGGACAGAACAGAGAGGAGGCAACACGAGUUCCGAAGCGGGGGCACAUCUAAAAACGACGUACUACGUCUGCGGUUCGACGACUUUUCAUACGAAUCCCGGAUCUCCUCCGGCCCACAGGCAAAUCAGGUGCGGCCGGUGCCGCCGCCAAGGAGUCGGUCGUCGUGGGCCUUUCCGUUACGGCGCGGGUCAGGGGCCAGCGGCGGCGGCUUCGAUUGUCUUACUGCUGAUCCCACGCUCACCACAUCGACUAUAUCGUCAGACGGGGCAGCGGCCGAGCCGCCGUCCUCGGGGAUCAUGAAGACGAUGGAGUUUCAGCUAUCGUAUGAGGCGAGAACGUGGACGACGUCGAGGCGGGGGAGGAUGAUUCCGCGGGACGAGAGCAUGACGCUGCGGCCUUCGACGAUUGCGGAGAUGAGGAGGGUGACAAGCGGAGAGGUGCCGCUUCUUCAUGACGGGAUGUCUCCGACUUCAAGAGAUUAUGACGUUGAAGCUGGGUUUACACGGAGAUCGUAUAAUAAUCGGCACUCAUCACCACCUGGGUCACCGUGGGAGUGGGUGGGGAAUCGACAGGCCAGGCCUCUUUCUAUGAAUGGGGGCAAGUUCGGAGCUGAGCCCACUCAUACGACAACGGCGGAAAAGCGGCUAUCGACAAAAUCAUAG